AUGGCUUCUACCUCAGCCCAAGGGGAGCAGUCCAUCUCGUCUCUACCUGGACCUUCUGUCGGAGUCGGACCAGUUGGCUCGACUCCUAAUGAUUUUCAUCGUCGAAUCUUCAUUGGACCAAUGCCUGAGAAGGUCAUCGCCCACACUGAAGGACAAGGCAAGAAAGCAAAACUCACCGUAGGGAGUGUAUUGUCAUUUUCUUUCGAUAACCAGAACGAACAUACCAAAGCCGACAAGACCGAGGAAGUCACGCAGAUCCUGAAAGAGAACGCAUUCAGAUUCUUUGUUCACCAUGGCGGAAACCCUGAUGAAUGGGACGACGAAGAAGAGCAAAAUCUGAUUGAACAUAUGUCCAAGCUAUGGAAAGAAAGUGACUGGGGCCAGAUUUGGAGUCGCCGUCACCAUCGACGAAAGCAUGAUCCACAGGGUGCAAACAGCCGUUGGUUCGGAAAGAGUUUUGAGGUCGGUAGCCUUCUUGGAAUGAACGUCAUGCAUGACGCGGACCACAUCGUAAAUAAAAGCUUGAAAACUGGAAGCGAAAGGGUCUCUUCCAAACGUUCUCAUAGUCAUGUUGAUCCUGAUGGACACAGCACAUCCGCUGCAAGAAGCACGACCAGUGGGAUGGAAACAUUUUCCACACCUCGCUCCAGCUUCAUGGCGCUACCCGAGUCGGAUGGGGUACAACCCAAAGAAUCAGGGUCUCCUGUACUCAACGAAGCCACUGAAGCCGGAUCGUCUACUUCAUCUAGGACUGGCUUACUUCUGAAAACACGAGCGGAGACUACCAACAGUGGCACCCCACAAAGAACCAUAGAAAUAAUUCCACAAAGUGAAGUACAGCAAUCAUCCCUUGUUGAUCCUAAAGGGAAGGCUAGGAUGGUUCACUACAAUGAAGAUACAGACGGUUUAACUCCAACUCCAACUCCUGCUUCAGGACCAGUGCCACCGGAAACGGUCCUGCAAAGAACCAAAGAUACUGUGGAUCCCAAUACUAGUCUUGCUGCAACAUUAGCUCGUGAACCGACUUCAGGUUCAUCGGAGGAUCUAAUAUGGGGAGAUGUUGUCCUUCGUGACAGGAUGCUCGUCAGAGUGAGCUAUACCAAGGACGAGGGAAUAACCACCUUUGAUGACGCUAUAAAUCGAACAACAAGAAACCUACAUUACGAAGACUGGGGCGAAUUUUUGGUUGCCUGGCGGAGGGAUAGCAUUGAAAUUUAUCGAGAUCAUGCUACCCCAGGCAAGGAAUGGUUAACUGGUCACAAACAUCUUUCAUACGUUAUAUCCCUGAAAUCAUCUAGAACUCGCCUUUCACUGUAUUCUUUUGCGGACAUGACGUUUUGCAUAACAUGUGCUCCCACAACUACACGGCUAAAUACGAAUACAUCACGGUGGAUUUUCACUCGAGAGAAAGAAGGGACCAAUAUAUUUGUCUUCAAGUUGAAGAGCAGGUCCAGAGCUUACGACUGGACUUGGCAACUAUGGAGACAUAUGGGCGGCCAAGUGCCUCAAACAAUCGACAUCCACAAUCCUAGGCUGAACACGAAGGUCACUAUUGAUGUACCUGAGAGUAUUGGCUUAGACAGCGCUGCUCUAUACACUAUGUUCAAGCGAGAGAAUGUCAUCGCGCUAUGCAUGAGUUUGCUUCGUACUGUUCCCGAUUGGCAAUAUUUGGUUGCAGGACAUAUCAAGAAGGGAAAGUCUUUGGAGCUUGCAUGGCGUCAAAAUGCCAACCUGGACUGGGUAUGGCUGGAAAAUGACGUUACCGGAAUGCCGAGAGGCUGGUCUGUUUUGUGCGGUUUGCCAUUCGCAAAGGCCUCGAGGCCUCCUGUCUUAGAAAUUCGUUUGGCAGACCACGCCCCUACCCACAUACAUUUGAGCAAUGGGAGGCGAAUCGAUGAACCCCCUGCCAUAGAAGGGUAUCUGGAUCGCAUCAGACCGAAUACGCAGACGAAGCAGCAGACAUACAUUUCUGUCCACCACGGAAAUCUCUUCAUUUUGAACACAAAUUCGGCAUUCCCACCGAUGCCGCCAGGCCUUACACCCAUUUCAGAUGUGUACCCAGAUUCUCAUACUCUUCGACACGCGGAGAUUCGUCGUGGAACCAAUCAAAUCAUAAACGCGGCGGGGGUGUGCGACUUGAGGACUAUAAUUGCCGUCAAAAGAGCUUCACACCCAACAUCUGCGCACAUGCAUACUGAAAAAGAGCAAAGUUACGAUGAGUCUUGGUUCAAGGCAUGGGAACUCCCAGAAAGUAGGACGACAGAGGAUGAGGAGGAUGAAGGGGGAGACGGCGGCCUAAGUAAAAUCAGUGAUCGCACGCAGCUUAAGGUCAGGCGGUCAUUUGAGUUGCUCCUCAAUACAGGGCACAUUAUCCGCUUCGAGGCUUAUUCAUGUUCAGUAUCGAUUGAGUGGGUCGAACGUUUGCGGGCAUUGGUUUUCUACUGGAAAAAUCGACAUCGACUUGAUGCUAAACAAGAGAUAGAAUUGGCUCACGCUCGACGCCCUAGGUUAACACCCCAGACACGAGUAUGUCAAGAUGAUCAUGAUAUUCCACCCGAGGCUCCAGAAGGUCCAUCAAGUCCAUACGCAGCGAUCGACAACCUGUUUAAUUGGUGCGUCCUGGAAGGUUGUCGACCAAUCAUAAAAGCCGGACGUCUGUAUAUGAAAAAAGGCCUCCACGGGCAGUACAAGCUCAUCCAGUUAUUCGUGGUUGCAGGUCAUCUCGUUCGUUUUCGUAUAGGAUCGCAAUCUUCAAUGUACCCUGCAUUGCCAAAGAAAAUUAAUUUGCUCGACGCCUAUGUCUGUUCCGGAUACUUUGCGGCGCAGGCUUUGCCAGCAGGACAAUACAUGCCGAACGCCGCAUCCGCUCCUAGGCGAUACCAGGACGGAUUAGAAACAGAUGACCGGGAAGAAGAUAUGUUGUUCAUGAUUUGGUAUCGUUCCCACACGCAAAUGGCCAAUGCUGACCAGGAUCCGACAACGACUCCCCAGAACACGAAAUCCGUCGCCAGUCUUUCUGCAAAAAAUAAAAUGUUAGUUUUCAAGACGCGGAGUUUGCACGAACGAGACAGCUGGUGUUGGGCGCUGAAUUCGGAGAUAGAGAAGAUAGUUCGAGCGCAAAAAGAACGAGAAGAUAAAUUGAGGGCAACGGGCAAUCUGGUUAAGUUAGCAUGCUGA